AUGGCUACAAUCAGCACCCACCAGUCAUACCCACGGGUUCACAGACUCUCGGUCAGGAAUAACGACGAUGAGCUCGAGAGAAUAGAAAAUGGCAACAGCAGGACUCACUCACUGUGUGAGGACACAUCUUCUGAACUGCAGGGAGUGACCUCCAUGGAGACCAAAGGACAGCCUGAAUCCCGCCGGAGCUCUUUCACAGGCAGAGGAGCUUUAGCCAGGUUCACUCAUUUCGUCAUCAUGGUGAGGAACUGGACAACUCGACAAAUGCACAAUGAAGACCAGAGGCCAGAUUCUUUUUUGGAACGCUUUCGAGGACCAGAGAUAAAGGACGUGUCAAGUCGAGAGAGCAACACCCAGUCAGCUAUCAGCAAUCUGGAGCAUCAAGGAAAGAGCAAAAGCUACGGGCUCCUGGCAAAAUUCAACAUCAACAAUUGCAACAACAAAGAGGAUGAUAAAAAUGACACAAAGUCAGAAGGGCAGAAGGAAAGAGAGAGAGCUUCCAAAAAGAAAGAUGAGGAAAAGGAAAGAAAAAAUGAUGAGAAAAAGAAGGAAGUGAAGAAGGAUUGGUAUGUCAUUGACCCUUCAGAGAAUCUUUACUACAGAUGGCUUUCUGUUAUUGCAGUGCCUGUACUGUACAACUGGUGUAUGCUGGUAUGCAGGGCUUGUUUCGAUGAACUUCAAGUAAGAAAUCUUACCCUGUGGCUGGUUCUGGAUUACCUCUCUGAUGUCAUCUACGUUAUAGACUCAGCUGUAAGAUUCCGAACAGGUUUUCUUGAACAAGGAUUGCUGGUUAAGGAUACAAAGAAAUUGAGACAGAAUUACAUGAGGAUGCCUCAGUUUAAACUGGACGUGCUCUCUCUUUUACCAACAGAUUUAGCCUAUGUUUGGUUGGGCUUUAACUACCCAGAGGUGAGAUUUAAUCGUCUCUUCCGUUUUAGCCGCAUGUUCGAAUACUUUGAUCGCACGGAAACCAGGACAAAUUACCCUAACAUGUUUCGAAUUGGAAAUCUCGUUUUGUACAUCCUCAUCAUUAUUCACUGGAAUGGUUGCAUUUAUUAUGCAAUUUCAAAAUCGAUUGGGUUUGGUAUUGACACCUGGGUCUAUCCAAACAUAUCCCAUCCUGAAUAUGGACGACUUAGCAGGAAAUACAUCUAUUGCCUUUACUGGUCCACUUUGACCUUGACUACCAUUGGAGAGACACCUCCUCCAGUGAAGGAUGAAGAGUAUCUAUUUGUGGUCAUUGACUUCCUGGUGGGGGUUCUCAUCUUUGCCACCAUUGUUGGUAAUGUGGGCUCCAUGAUCUCAAACAUGAAUGCAUCUCGGGCCGAGUUCCAAUCCAAAAUUGACUCCAUAAAACAGUACAUGCAGUUCCGUAAAGUGAGCAAAGACUUGGAGGCUAGGAUCAUCAAGUGGUUUGAUUACUUAUGGAUCAACAAGAAGACUGUGGACGAGAAGGAAGUCCUCAAAAACCUUCCUGAUAAACUAAAGGCUGAGAUUGCCAUCAAUGUCCACUUGGACACGUUGAAGAAAGUCCGGAUAUUUUCCGAUUGUGAAGCCGGCCUUUUGAUUGAGUUGGUGCUCAAGCUGCAGCCUCAAGUGUACAGCCCUGGGGACUACAUCUGCCGGAAGGGGGACAUUGGCAGGGAGAUGUACAUCAUCAAAGAAGGCAAGCUGGCAGUUGUAGCCGAUGACGGGGUAACACAAUUUGUGGUCCUGAGUGAUGGCAGUUACUUUGGAGAGAUCAGCAUCUUGAAUAUAAAGGGCAGUAAAGCGGGUAACAGGCGCACUGCCAACAUAAGAAGCAUUGGCUACUCUGACCUGUUUUGCUUGUCCAAAGCUGAUCUGAUGGAAGCCCUGACCGAGUAUCCGGAUGCCAAGAAGAUUCUGGAAGAGAAGGGCCGUCAGAUUCUGAUGAAGGAUAACUUAAUAGAUGAAGAGGCAGCAAAAGAGGGUGCAGAUGCAAAAGACCUGGAAGAGAAGGUGGAGAGGAUGGAAUCUUCGUUGGACUGCCUGCAGACCAAGUUUGCUAGGCUCAUGGCCGAGUACAAUUCCAGUCAAAUGAAGCUGAAACAAAGGCUGACAAGAGUAGAGAAAACAGUAAAAAUCUAUGGCAGUGGCUACCUAUCUGAUGGCCUGGACAGCUCAACUGACAUAGAACUAGGAAAACAGUGA